GCCCGUCAGCAGGACGUAGACGUGCACCAAAAUUGACAACACAAAUGAAAUCGCUUUCGUUGGACUGUCAGGAGAUGCCGCCAAGAAUCAACACAACGAAUCGCAGUCCGAUGAGAACAAAAAUAGUCGGUGCAUAUCCACGGAGAAAGAACGAUUCUUCAGAUCUGUCCGAUUGGGAGCGAAGUUGUUCUCCAUGUAAUGGAAAUAGUCGACGAAGCAGUGCAGCACCUGCUUUGAAUGGUGGAUACAUCGUGAUUCAUGAGUACGCUCCACCGAAUGCAGUUGCACCACUAGUGCUCGGUGAACGUGUGUACGUUGUCGACAACGGCGAUCCAGACUGGCUGCAUGGAUUUCGGGAGCACGACCGACUUUAUCGAGAUCAGGUUGUCUUUGCUCAACCGGACUCCUUGCACGAUGGUAAAGUGACGAUUCGUACGGCACAUAGGGUUUUCGCUCCAUGCCCGUUGAGCAGUUUGGCGUUAAUCUGA